CUCCAUCAUCCCACAUCGAAAACUCUCACUUCAAGGACCACUCUUUCUUUCUCACCAGUCAACAAAAGAUGGUGAUGAUGAAUCAUCCACUCUUCUCUAUCACCCUCCCACUUCUUCCAUUACUACUCUUUUCUCAUCCCAUCAUCUCUCUAGCCCAGUCACCCGCCGCCGCACCAACCGCCCCCGCCAAGGCCACCACGGCCAUCACUCCAGCCCCGGUACCCUCCUCACCUCCCACAGACAUCAUCAGAAUCCUCAAAAAGGCCGGCGGAUUCACCACCCUUAUCCGUCUCCUUCAAGCCACGCAAGUUUCCAACCAAAUCAACUCCCAACUCCUUACCACAAACGGUGGCUUAACCUUAUUUGCACCAAACGACAAUGCCUUUUCAAGCCUCAAACCUGGCUUCCUCAACUCCCUCAACGACCAACAAAAGAACGAGCUCAUCCAGUUCCACUUGCUCCCCACAUUCGUUUCCGUUUCAAACUUUGACACUCUCAGCAACCCUGUGAGAACACAGGCCGGUGAAAACCCUGAUAGGUUGGCACUGAACAUAACAAGCUCAGGAGGGAACCAAGUGAACAUGACCACAGGGAUCGUCAACGUUACAUUAGGUGGCACUGUGUACACCGAUCACCAGCUUGCGGUUUACCAAGUGGACAAGGUGCUUCUUCCUCGGGAUUUCUUUGUUGCUAAGCCUCCUGCUCCAGCUCCAGCGCCAGAAAAGCCAAAGGGGUCUAAAAAGAAAUCAGCAGACAGCACUGGAACUCCUGCUGAUGAUGCUGAAUCUGCUGCUAUCAGUGUGAAACAGCAGCAUGCGAUAUGGGUUGCUGUUGCUGCAUUUUCAGUUGCAGCAGUUUUGUGGUGACAAUGAGAGGUUGAAGUUGAAGAAUAUAAGUAUUGAAGUGAAAAUAUACCCUCUAGGGUGGAUUCAAAGAUGAACGAUCAACAUUUUGCAGAUACAUUGGUUUUAAAUAAUUGGCCUUUUUUUUCUGUUCUUUUUCAUUCGCUAAUGGUUCAAGUUUCAGGUUGUGGUGGAGAUUAUAUUUGAUUUAUAAAGGUUUUCUUCCUUCUUUACCCCGUAAGAAAAACUUUAUAUAUCUUCUGUAUUACUUAUGAGAAUUUAAAAUUUGUGUAUAAGUUGCAUACAAUGAUCAUAGAGAAAUGAUACAGAAGUUCUUUUAA